UGCUCCCAGAGGAAGAGAGAAUCGAAUUCGUAGAUCUACAGGUCUUCAAUUAAAUCCUGUGAUAAAUUGGUUCCCUGAAGAAUCUUCGCUCCACACUUAAUCGCUGCAUAGCCUCUUUAUUUUUAUUUUAGUUUUGUGUGCUAAAGUUAGGGCAUGAGACCCAUAAUGGGUUAGAAACAACUUGAAGUUCCAAUGGGUAUUUCUCGUGGUUCUGCUGCUGCUACUAAGGAGGUGAAGAAAAGCAACCAUGUCCAGAGAAAGAUGGAGAAGCGGCAGCAGAAUCACAAGCUUGAUGCACACAUUGAAGAGCAGUUUGGUAGUGGUCGUUUGUUGGCUUGUAUCUCAUCAAGACCUGGUCAGUGUGGCCGUGCUGAUGGAUACAUCUUGGAAGGUAAAGAGCUUGAGUUCUACAUGAAGAAGAUCCAGAGAAAGAAGAGCAAGGGAGCUGGAGCUGCCUAAAGCUUUGUUACCUGAACGUCAUCCUUCAUAUCAGCAUCUGUUUUGUUCAUGAUGUUUCCUCUCACAUAACCAUUGAACUUAAGCUUAGAUGAAACAUUUUGUGAGAAGCUAUUUCUUGUGUUACUGUCAAAAAAAAAAACGUGAAGGUCCAAGCAUGGCGGAACGAAAGAGGAGGAUAAGAAGGCUUCCGACCCGACCCGACCCGAGUUUUGCAGGUCAGAUCGGGUCAAUAUGGGGUGGCCUGUUCUGCAGGUUGGACCGGGUCGGGUCCCAAUCUAUCUUGAACGGGUCGGUGUGCAGGCCUAAUAGCACUUGUGUAAAUCAGUGCCAAGUCAUUCUGCAAAAAGUGUUUUUCAUAAUUGGGGAGCUGUCACUUUCUAUUACCAUAUAUAUAACAACAUAGUUUUAUUCUAAUUAUUUAAGUUUUUAAAGUUUUGAGCCGAACCGCAUAGGCAAAGGUAACUUUAAGAUGGGAAGGGUUGGGUGCAGUGAAGAAAGGUGGGUUUGGAAAACUUGAAUAUAAUGGUAAAUUCAAGCUCUCAAUAAUUUUGCUAGUCAUUUUACAUAUGAUGCCGUGCAUUGUGGCUUAUCUUCUUAUGUGCGUGAAUAUAUUUUUGUGUAGUGUCACUUUAUAUUCAGUGUUCUCCCCCCUCCCCUCCCCUCCGAAUGAGGCAUUCUUUACAGUCACAUAUUGUAACGCCUCAAUGGAAGACCUAAACCACAUAGCCUAUACUCCAAAAGGACUAGUCAAUAAUGCAAUUGGAGCCACAU